UUUAUUUAUGUGUAUGUAAUAUAUAGUCAAAAGACAUCAAGGGCUUCGUUCCCCCUUAAACCAUGGCUCGAAAGCACAAGCCUUCAAUUUCUCUCACGCUUUUCAUAUGCCUGAUACUCUGCGGUAUAGCGUGCGGUCGUUUCAUCGGUGACGACGGUUCAGAUCUCGUGUCGGAUGGGGUCCACAGUCAGCAGGAGCAGCAGCGGCUUUCGCCAGUUAUCCGGAUGUUUUCAGCUGCGGAGGAGACGUGUGAGCAGACCUACGGAUUCAUGCCGUGCACCACCACUAUACUUGGAAACCUCUUCUUAAUUGUGGUCUACGGCUAUCUCAUGUUUCUCGCGGCAACUUUUCUUUCCAGCGGGAGUGAGCUUCUGCUGGAAAUACUCGGUCCCGGUCUUAUCGGCGGACUCUUUCUUCCUAUACUUGGUGCUCUUCCUGAUGCUAUGCUCAUUCUCGUAUCUGGGCUAUCUGGAAGCGCUGAAACUGCUCAAAGCCAGGUCUCAGUUGGAAUAGGCUUGCUAGCUGGCUCAACAGUCAUGCUUCUCACGGUUAUAUGGGGUGCGUGUGUUACUGUAGGCAAGUGUGACAUAGAGAACCAUGUUGCCAAAGAUUUACAGGAUACAAAAGGAUUCAGCUUGACUGGCUCUGGUGUUAGUACUGAUAUCUGGACAUGCUAUGCUGCAAUCAUCAUGGCUGUUUCUGUGCUCCCAUUUUUAGUAGUUCAACUACCUCAAAUGCUCAAUUCAAAUUCUGGAAGACACUUAGCGGUCUUGAUUGCUCUUAUUGUCUCCGUUGCACUUCUGAUUUCCUAUUGCCUAUAUCAGGUGUUUCAGCCUUGGAUACAGAGGAGACGGCUAGCAUUCGCAAAGCAUAAGCGUGUGAUUUCAGGCAUUCUGAAGCAUUUGAAAAUGCGAGCUUUAGGGAGGCUUUGUAAUGAUGACGGGACAAUUAAUACGGAGGUCUUAAAAAAGCUUUUUAACACAAUUGAUGAGAAUAAAGAUGGAUGCCUCUCUUCUUCUGAAUUAAGAGCACUGGUCAUAGGAAUCCGCUUUGAAGAGAUAAAUCUGGAUGAGAAUGAUGCCGUAGAAAAGGUGAUGAAGGAUUUUGACACGUCUCGAGAUUCUCUAAUUAGUUUCGAUGAAUUUUUUUAUGGUAUUUCAAGAUGGCUUGAUGAAGCCAAGGGUUCCAGAGCUUCUCAGGCUGGUCCCGGUACAAUGAAGUAUUUGGAAGAUUUUCAUGAGCAAACAAAGAGAGAACAUUACUUUUUAGGGGAGCAGAGUGAUGAAAUUGUUGAGGGUGUUGACAACCCCCGGUGGACCACAAUUAAGGCUGUAUUACUGUUGUUAUUGGGGACUGUUAUUGCCGCUGUAUUUGCAGAUCCCUUGGUUGACGCUGUUGAUAAUUUUUCAAGUGCUACAAGUAUUCCUUCUUUUUUCAUCUCAUUCAUUGCACUGCCACUGGCAACCAACUCUAGUGAGGCAGUAUCAGCAAUAAUAUUUGCCACCCGCAAGAAGCUAAGAUCUGCUUCUUUGACAUUUUCAGAGUUGUAUGGAGCUGUGACUAUGAACAACGUGUUGUGUCUAUCAGUCUUUUUGGCCCUUGUAUACGCUAGAGGCCUGACGUGGGACUUCUCAUCUGAAGUGUUGGUUAUCUUGAUCGUUUGCAUCGUCAUGGGAAUCUUCGGCAGUCUUCGCACUACAUUUCCUCUUUGGACCAGUCUGAUAGCUUUCCUGCUGUACCCAUUUUCCCUGGCACUUGUUUACGUUCUUGACUAUGUUUUCGGUUGGUCAUAGAUUGUUGUGCUGGUACCCUCGUUUGGCUCUUAAUUGACGAGAAUUCUGGGUUUAAAUAUGUACAUCCAGAGUGACUUUUUUUGGAUCCUGAUCACAAACACACACGCACCGGGAAUUUAUAUGUAGCAAUGGCUUUUAUACUCUCUAUAUGAACAGCUGUACCGGCAUUACCUUCUCCCCUCUUUGUAUUGGGAUUGUUCUGUUUUUCAAUAUCUCCGGACUUCAAUCUGAUGAUAUCUUUUUAAUAGUAUGAUUCAAUUUCAAUAAUGUAAUGGAUAGAUUUUAUCUAAAGAUUUUUAUUAUGC